AUGGUUGUCAACGCGGGCGAUAGUCUUUUGGACGCUGAGCAAUCUCCCAUAGUCACUCCACAUCGAAUCACUAUCAAAACAGACCAAAAAAGAUGGUGGCCCAAGACUAUUUACCACACUUACUGGAGCCGCAUGUUUUUCUGGAUACAACGCAACAUUGUGUGGGCAUUAACAGGUGUUGCAAUCAUGUCCAUUGCGGGAUAUCUGUUACUGACACCUAAUCACUCAUCCUCUGGCGUUAACACAUACAAUACGAGUGCAGAAAGCAUCCUUAGGAGCAUCAAGGAAAAGCUCAACGAUCCCUCCUUCUUCAACUAUGCAUCUCACCAAGAGAAACUAAAGCCAUAUGGGUCUGAUUACAUUGCUCCUGAUACGCACAUCAAUUGGCACGCUGUAGCCAACUCCACCAGCAAGGUGAAGGCUGCUUUUGUAGCUUUGGUACAGGAAAAAGACAUCUACAAACUGAGGGGCACAAUGAUAGAGCUUGAACGCACGUUCAAUGAGCGUGAAGGAUAUCCAUGGGUGAUCAUUAGUGAUCAAGUGUUUUCAAAAAAAUUUAGAGAGUGGAUUACGAGUGCGAGCAGGGCGCCUGUGUAUUUUGGCCAAGCACCUGCAAUUGAGUGGCAGGAACCUUACUGGGUGGAUAUCAAGAAGGCUGAAAAGAACAUGAAGCAGAUGGUCAAAGAUCACAAUAUUGAUAGCGGUGAGAGCAUGAGCUGGCGAAGAAUGACUAGAUACAACAUGGGAUUCAUUGCUCAUCAUCCGCUACUGAAGGAUUUAGAGUAUUACUGGAAAGUGCAACCAGGUUCCCGCUACACUUGCGAUAUUCCAAUAGACCCAUUCAAAAAGAUGAAGUCCAAAAGCCAAAAAUUGUCAUUUGCAUUGACCAUAGUUGAAAAUCAUGAAAAUAUUAACGAGUUCUUCAAUGUGGUAAAUGGUUUCAUUGUCGACAAUAAGGAUAUGCUUCAACCUACAAGCAAGAGUAUUUUCAAGGGCCUAUUGCACGAGGAAAGUAGAAAAAGGCCAGUAGAUCCAAGCAAUCCAUUGGGCGAACACAUCGGCCACUUUACCAAUUGCAUGAUUUACAACAACUUUGCCAUCUUCUCGCUUCAAUUCCUUAGAUCAAAGGAAUACACAAAAUAUUUUGAUGAAUUGGAUGCAUCUGGAGGAUUCUUUUACCACAAAUGGGGAGACGCAUUACCACAAACAAUUGCAGCUGGCCUUUUGUUGAAGCGCUCCGAAAUUGCCUUUGAUGAUGUGCCAGGCUAUACCUUUGCUGCUGGAGCAGUGUGUCCGCGAGAUAUCAGUGAAUACGCCAAACUGAAAUGUACAUGUACUCAAAAUGACUGGAGAACGCAUAACAUGAGACACUGUUCGCCCACUUUCAUGAGAGCUAUUGAUGGCACUCUUUAG